UUGCGCAUGGAGUAGGCAAAAACUCACAACUGUCAGGACCUUCCGUUAUCUCUAAACAUUUCCGUCAUCUUAUGAUAAACAAAACCAGUUUGGUUCAUAGGUUUUCUGGUCUGCAUUUUUUUUCUCGCUUUGCAUAGAGACGCAUCCUCUGUUUUGGAUACUGCACAGCUCAAGGGAAGGUGCGAAACUGCGCAUCUGUCAUUCAGCCAACUCAAAUGGUGCAUGAGUGUUUCGACUACUUCAUCCCAACAGCGUGAUAAUCUGCUUUAAAUCCAGUAUCUGUGAUCGUUUAUUACGCGCCUGUUAACGCAAGGGGACCGUCACAAAAAACCAUCGGCUUUAAAACUCUUUCCACAUCACACAAUGACUGAAGCCGGUGCAGAAUGCAACAUCAAGGUGCUGUGCCGUUUUCGUCCAUUGAACCAGAGUGAGAUCUUUCGUGAAGACAAAUUUCUCCCCGUCUUUCAGGGAGAUGACACUGUCAUCGUGGGGGGAAAGUCUUUUGUAUUUGACCGAGUCUUUCCCACCAACACCACACAAGAUCAGAUCUACAACAGCUGUGCCAAACAAAUUGUUAAAGAUGUGCUGGAAGGAUACAAUGGUACCAUCUUUGCAUACGGACAAACAUCCUCUGGCAAAACCCACACCAUGGAGGGAAAGCUCCAUGAUCCCGACAACAUGGGCAUUAUUCCAAGGAUCACUGAUGACAUCUUCAACUACAUCUUUGCCAUGGAUGAAAACUUGGAAUUUCACAUCAAGGUUUCUUAUUUUGAAAUCUACAUGGAUAAAAUUAGAGACCUGCUUGAUGUGAGUAAGACAAACCUGUCAGUGCAUGAAGACAAGAACAGGGUCCCAUAUGUCAAGGGUUGUACAGAACGCUUUGUCUCCAGUCCUGAGGAAAUGAUGGAUAUAAUUGAUGAAGGGAAAUCUAACCGCCAUGUAGCUGUUACCAAUAUGAACGAGCACAGCUCCAGGAGUCAUAGCAUCUUCCUCAUAAAUAUCAAACAAGAGCAUGUGGAGACAGAGCAGAAACUCAGUGGCAAGCUCUACCUGGUGGACUUAGCUGGCAGUGAAAAGGUGAGCAAGACAGGUGCAGAAGGGUCUGUCCUAGAUGAGGCCAAAAAUAUCAACAAAUCUCUUUCUGCACUGGGCAAUGUGAUAUCAGCCCUGGCUGAGGGAACGAAGACCCAUGUGCCUUACAGGGACAGCAAAAUGACCCGAAUUCUCCAGGACUCAUUAGGUGGAAACUGCAGAACCACCAUGUUUAUCUGCUGCUCACCUUCUUCUUACAAUGAGGCUGAGACCAAAUCUACGCUCAUGUUUGGACAACGUGCUAAAACCAUAAGGAACACAGCAUCAGUGAACCUGGAGCUGACAGCAGAGCAGUACAGGAGGAAGUAUGAGAAGGAAAAGGAAAAGAACAAGAUUCUGAAGGAAACCAUCCAGAGACUGGAGGCUGAACUUAAUCACUGGCAUAAUGGUGAAGCAGUCCCUGAAGUGGUGCAGGACAACAGUACGUGUGUCGUGGAAUCUGAGCUUUGUGAAGAUGCUGCUUUAGAUGAGAGCAGCGGUGGCCCAUCCUCAGUUCACCUCACAGUUACAGAGGGGGAUCUCUGCAAACUUUACAAACAGCUGGAUGACAAGGAUGAUGAGAUUAACUUGCAAAGUCAACUGGUGGAAAAACUGAAGAAGCAGAUGCUGGAUCAGGAGGAGUUUUUGGCAUCGUCACGUGCAGACAAUGAGCGGAUCCAGUGUGAGCUGAGCCACCUUCAGGCUGAGAGCAAGAGUGCUAAAGCAGAAGUUAAGGAAGUUUUGCAGGCUCUGGAAGAAUUGGCUCUAAGCUAUGACCAGAAGAGUCAUGAGGCAGAAGACAAGAGUAUGGAGAAUAAGUUGCUCACCCAAGAGCUUGCCCAAAAAAUGACAGAUUUGAUGUGCUUGGAGACUGAAUUCUCGCAGCUACAGGAAGUGAAUAGCCAACAGAGGAAACGCAUCACUGAGGUUCUAAAUACCCUCCUGAAGGACCUGAGUGACUUCAGCAUCAUCUUGGGCAGUGGAGAAAUCAGAUUGCCACAUGAUCUCUCUGGUGUGUUAGAGGGGGAGUAUGCCGUGGUGUGCGUUUACAUUAGUAAGGUGAAAUCAGAGCUGAAAUCCCUAGUAAACCGCUGUAGGCAACUAGAGAACUUGCAGACAGACAGCCAACGCAAAAUGGAAGAGACUGGUAGAGAAUUGUCAUCUUGCCAACUGCUCAUAUCACAGCAUGAGGCAAAGAUUCGCUCACUGACUGAGUACAUGCAGAAUAUGGAGCUGAAAAAGAGGCAGCUGGAGGAGAACUGUGACUGUCUUGUGACUGAGAUUGCAAGAUUACAGAAUGCAGAGAGCCUUCAAGAAAACCAGCAAGACAAUGAGGAAUCUGGGGAACCUAAGGUCAACACAAAAUAUCUGCAUAGAGGCAAUCAUCUUGAAUCACAGCACAAACAACUUGUACGCCUACGUGAUGACAUCAACAACAAGCAGAAGAUAGUUGACGAACUCACAGAUGAAAAUCAGAGGCUGGUUGUGGAAUUACAACAAUUGCAUGCUGAGUUUGCAGCCCUGAAAAGUCGGGAGUGUGAGAAGAGUGCCCGGCUGGAAGAGCUCAAAUAUCUCAAUGAGCGCCAUGAGCAGGCUAAGCAGGACAUGAAAAGGCUGGAAGAAACUGUUGUAAGUAUUUCACUCUUAGCAUAUACUGUAAACUUGAAAAAUAAAUCAUGCAAUGAUCGUAACCAUGACUCUUACCCUGCCAACCCCAUUACCAAGGCUUGUGAACUCCAGAGCUUGCACAAUCUGAGGAAGCUUUUUGUUCAAGACCUCACAACUCGAGUUAAACGAAGCUCUGAAAUGGAACUUGAUGACAGUGGAGGGUUUUCCACCCAGAAGCAAAAGAUUUCCUUUCUUGAGAACAACUUGGAACAGCUUACAAAAGUACACAAACAGCUGGUACGUGAUAAUGCAGAUCUGCGCUGUGAACUUCCUAAACUGGAGAAGCGUCUUCGCUCUACAGCUGAGCGAGUUCGCGCAUUGGAGGGUGCAUUGAAAGAAGCCAAAGAGGGAGCCAUGAAGGACCGGCACCGUUACCAGCAAGAAGUUGAACGCAUUAGAGAGGUCAUGCAAACCAAGAACUUCUUCCAACGCCCUAACACUGCAUUGAUUGCCAAGCCUGUUCGGCCAGGGAACUACCCUGCAUACUCACAAAUCAAUCACAUGUUCAUGCGCACCAGUGAUCCAAGAAUUGCAUUUAGCAAUGUAUUGUUUCAGAGAGCCAGUCAACCCAACAUAAAGACUAAAUCAAACUAUACAGACAAAGUUCCUGAGGACAGGCAGCGCACAGCAAAUGAAUCGCUAGACUGCACUCACAAGCUCAACACUGUCAAUGGGAAUACCACAGACAUCAAUGACAACAGUGACUGUUCAGUGUGUAGCAGUGAUCCGCACUGCAGCAUUUCUCCUGACCAGAUCAAACAGCAACAAGAAGUUAUCCAACAAGAGCAAGCAACCAGCUAAAAUCAUCUAGAAGAUGUACUGAGGUACACAAAACACACCAGAAGCACAGAUAUUACAGAUGUAUUUGAAAUAACACUCUUAGUAGCAUUCAGUAACACUGAAUCUUGUUCUGACAUUUAGAUGUGUUAUAAUGUAUUCCUAUGAGACCAUUAAGAAUGUGAAUGCUUGUCUCUGCCAUAGAUAACAUGUUGUAAGUCCCUUUCUGUAUAUGUGCAUGUUGCCUGCAAAAGGUCCUUCACAGAAAAGUCCACUGCAUUUCUAUAUUUUGUAUACGUAAUGUAUAGCUUUUAAAGUUAACCAGCAGAUGGCGCUGUCUUGUGUUUUGCAGCUCAGAAUUUGAUCUAUGUACUGUAAAAUACACACAAAUACUGUACGAGUAUCUUGUGACGAUAAUAAAUCGAAGGCAUUAUGCUGUGAGAUGGCAAUGUAAUCAAACGUCAGUUGUGUAUUAUGUACGAUGACGUUACGUAUAUUGAGAUAAAAAGUCAUAAACAUAGGCACCAUAAAUAAUGUGGAUCAGGCUGUAGUUGCUUAACUAUCAGCAGAUUUACAUACAGAUUUACUGAUUGAACAGACAUUACCCAGUAUGGGCCUUAUGUACAUUUUUGUGUGCUUAUAGUUGUAGCUCUCUCCUAAUCGGCCAGUUAGGAUGAGAAAAGUAGGAAGGUCAGAAAUACUAACUACAUUCUGAUAAUAAAGAUGGAAUUAAAUGCUAAGCACAGAAAUAAUACACAUAUGUUUGUUAGGUUACUCUAAACUCUGGAAAGUCUAUUCCUUAUCUUUUAUCUAAACCCAUUUUGAAUCGGAAAGAGGGAAUUUGAGUGCUUUUUCACCUAAACCUGUAUUUUGACUAAGAUUAAUUGAGGUGUUAGGCUUUACAGGAUUUUUGGUGCUGGUAAUAUUGUCUAGGCCUAGGGUGUGCAUGCAUAUAAAUUACACAUAUUUUGCUAACUUAAUAAUAUACGUACAUAAUACGCACUAGUCGGGCAAAACUGCCUAAUGUAAUGCAGUGCAGAUUUGUAAACAAACAUAAAUCAUAUGAAUUUAGGCCAUCGGUUUGCGGUUAUUAUUUUUGGCUUGGCUUUUUAUGUUUUCUUCUUUGACUAAAAUGCAUAGCAUGCAUCUGUAGCAGAUAAGAUGGCACUACUCAGGAAAAUGUGUCAAUAAAAAAAUACAUCUCUAUGUGCUAUGCUUUCAACUGUUAUUUAUGUUUGGGGAUGGAAACUAUACUGGAUUCUGAUUCACUUCUGUUGAAUUAGGAUAAACAAAUGUAUAAUUCUUAACAAAGGAUUCAUGUGAAACAAAACUCCAAACCUAUUGACAAUCCAUAAACGGUGGCAGAUUACAUUAACGGCAUUUAACAGAUGCCCCUAUCCAGAGUGACAAAUUUUUCUCCUUUAUACAACUGAGGGUUAAGGGCCUUGCUCACUGGCCCAGAAACAACAGCUUGGUGGUCUUGGGAUUUGAAUUCACAACCUUCCAAGUAGUAGUGCAACAAUUUAACCCAAACACAGAACCAUGCUGAACAAAAUGCAGACUCACAGGAUGGUGAAAUGCAGUGGUAUAAAAACCCUUGUGUACAGACUUUCCAUCUCUUUGAUUUUUAUUUUACUUCUUUAAAUUUGUAACUAUUAUUAUAAUUGUUGGUUAGUUUCUUAUUAUUAGUUUCUAUUUUAUUGUAUUAAUUAAUUUCCUAUUCUUGAAAUGUGCUGUAGCUAAUGUGUAUUUGACAGUUCUGCUCUUUUACACGAUGAUUUACCAAAACUGUAAUGCAUUUAUUUUAAUAAGGCAUACAAUACACAGACACUGGGCUAUUAAAGGUGCCAUAAAGAGACAGGAACUGGAUCUAAAGUUCAAACUUAUUCAAAACCAAGUGCCACCAAAGUUCAACAAACAUUCAGUAUGAUUAUCUUCCAAAGGGGGAACUGCUCAAAAAGUCAUAAUAUUCUUAACAGAGAACGCCAUGAAGCCGAGGCAUUGUACCGUUUACUGAAGAUUCAGAUAAUUGUAGAUAAUGCAAUCAAGCACUUGAUUUCAUAAGGCCUUGAUUUAUUUUAAAUGUUGGAUAAGAGAGAGAAUAGGAAGCACAAAAAAUGAGAAAAGACAAGGCUCUUUCAGAUGUGAGUAUAAUGUACGUAGCAGAGGUUAUUUAAAAUGAGGUUAGAUUCCCAAUCCGAUCAAUAAUAGGGAACAUGUUGCACCCGCUGAGAGAGAAGAGACAACAGCUGAGCCAUCGUGUGGACUUGGGACAUGGGACAAAGUUGAGGGUAGGGAAACAAAAGGACAAACUUCUCAAAGAAAGACACACACAAACACACCAGAAAAUCCUGGUGCUCUGAGGGAAAUAUGUGGAAAGUUUGACCAGGAGAAGAGGAUCAUGUAAAAGAUUUUGGAGCAUCUCUCAGCCACUUGAACAUUAGUGAAAUCAGGGACUGAUGUUAACGCAAUAAAGUGUUCAGGUGCCUUGAGAUCUUCCAUGCCACACUCGGAAAAUGUCUUCAUGGUCCUCGCUUUGUCACAUGGACAUUGUCAUGCUGGAACAUGUUUAGCAUCAAACACUAUUUCUGCAACAAAUCCAUCAAUAUCAUUUUAAUUGAAAUAGUGAAGAAUAUUCGUCAGACGUUCCCACACAGACAGCAGGAUCAGAUGCACCUCAAGCCUAGCUAAUUCCAGCUAAAACAUUCUACAAUUGGAAUAA